AUGGAAGGAGAAACGGCGCAAUAUGCUGAAUACAAUCCUCAAUCUAACAUCAGGAGCGAAACAGAAAUCGACAAAAGACUUGGUGGCACUCUGAUAGCGGUUGGCCUUGGUGUUGCUGCCGCAGGAUUUGCAGGUCGCUAUGCGUUCCAGUUGUGGAAGCGUCUAGGACAAGUCCUGUCACAGGGUAAGAAGAUGCCCACCUCAUCCUUCUCAUCCCAUCACUAUAAUGGGGGGUUUGACCAGAAGAUGACUAAAAAGGAAGCCAGCCUCAUCCUUGGUAUUAGCCCAACCAGCACCAACUCAAAGGUGAGAAAUGCUCACCGGAGGAUCAUGGUCCUGAACCACCCAGGUUAA